AAACCCUCUCCUCCUCGCUCUCAUUUGCGCAGAGACAGAAAAUUAGGGUUUGCAUUUUGUAGCAGCAAGCAAUGGCGCCGAAGCAGAGAACACCUAGAGUUACCAGAAACCCUGAUUUGAUUAGGGGAAUUGGAAAGUUCUCAAAGUCUCAGAUGUACCACAAGAGAGGUAUCUGGGCUAUUAAGGCCAAAAACGGCGGCGUUUUACCUCGUCAUGAUCCUAAACCUAAACCUGAAUCUCCUGCUGAGAAACCACCCAAAUUUUACCCUGCUGAUGAUGUGAAGAAACCUCUUCGCAACAAGCAUAAGCCUAAGCCUACUAAGCUCAGGGCCAGCAUUACUCCAGGGACAGUGCUGAUUAUUCUUGCUGGUAGAUUUAAGGGCAAGAGGGUGGUGUUUUUGAAGCAACUUCCAUCUGGAUUGCUUCUUGUGACUGGCCCCUUCAAGAUUAAUGGAGUUCCUUUGAGACGUGUGAAUCAGUCCUAUGUGAUUGGUACAUCUACCAAGGUAGAUAUCUCUGGUGUUAAUGUGGAUAACUUUGAUGAUAAGUACUUUUCAAAGGAAGCUCAGAAAAAGAAGACCAAGGGAGAAGGAGAAUUCUUCGAGUCAGACAAGGAGGAGAAAAAGGUGUUGCCUCAGCAAAAGAAAGAUGACCAGAAAACUGUGGACGCUGCAUUGAUAAAGUCAAUUGAGAGUGUUCCAGACUUGAAGACUUAUCUCGGUGCCAGGUUUUCUCUCAAGGCAGGUGUGAAGCCACACGAGCUACUCUUUUAGUCUGGAGGAAAGAGGAAUGUUAUGCUUGCGUUUUUAUAAUUUUUUGUUGAUGGAAUUUUGUUCAAAUAGUGAUACUUUCUUAACUUUAUUUAAGAGCCUAAUUUUGAUAGGAAAUGGAAUUCUGCUGGAGAUGUUCCUUCCUGCAUUUUUGCUAUUGUGAACGUUUUUGUUGAUUUUAAUGAAUUUUAGUUAUUCUGUGA